AUGCUGACAAGACUUUUUCUCGUCGCCGCUGCGGCAACAGCCAGCGCAUUGCCUUCCUGCAAAAACAACAACAACAUCCCUCCCGGCAAGAUGCCCAACCCUGCCGUUUCCUCCGUAGCCAAGCUCCUCAUCACCUCCCCGGGCAACAUCUCCAUUGCUGAAUUCGAUGGCACCAAGUUUGACAUCAAGAGCACCAAGAAUGUCUCUGGCAACCCGACCUGGGUGGCCUUUUCACAGCCACUUUUGUAUGCCGUGGACGAAAACAGCGAUACAACCAGUCUCCUGAACGUUGAUCUUGCCGGAAACAAGAUUAACCAGCUGAGCUCCACCAAGGGCAGCAGCGGCGUUGUCCAUCUCGAAUUCACAAAGGACAAGUCGCAGUUGGUCGGUGCAGGCUUUGGGAGCAGCAACAUUGACAUCUUCGACAUCUCCAACGGCGGCUUGAAGUUCUCCAACGCCAUCAAGUCGGACGACAAGGUCGGCCCCAACACUGUACGCCAGAAGGAGCCGCACCCUCACCAGUCCGUCCUGGACCCCUCGGGCCGUUUCAUGGCAGUCAACGACCUCGGCACCGACAAGAUUCUCGUCCUCGACACCCAAAAGGCCUUUAACAUCGUCAACCGCGUCGCCGUUGAGCCCGCCGGCGCUGGCCCGCGGCACGGAGCCUUCUUCCCCGCCGGAGCCAACAAAGCGACGCACUACUUUGUCCUUUGCGAGAUCAAGAACCUCGUCUUGGUGUAUGCCCUCCAGUACGGCGGCGCCAAGGGCAUCGAGUUUAAGCUGACGCAGACCAUCUCGACCUUCAAGUCUGUCGAGGCCACGCCCGCCGAAGCUGCUGCUGGAGAACUCGUGCUUGCUGCGGAUAACAAGAAUGUCUAUGUGUCAAAUCGCUUGACGGGCGGGCAGACGGAUAACAUUGCCAACUUCCGCAUUGCCCAGAACGGCGGCGAACUCAAGUUGGAGCUUGUGGGCUUCACGUCCACCGGAGGAGUGCGGACUCGCAUGUUCAGUGCCUCCCUCGAUGGCCAGCACCUGUUUGUUGGAAACCAGGGCGGCGCGCUGGGUGUCGUGGCCUUGAAGCGAAACGCAGAUGGCACGCUGGUUGAGAAGCCUGUGGCGAGCCUUGAUAUGAGUCUGUUUCCAGGAGAGUUGGCCGGCCCUGCCUUUGUGCAGCAGGUUGCCUAA